AAUCCGGAUUAGGGGCAUUAUCCCAGACAAGACCCUUAAAACGACAAAACAAACAGAUGUCCAAUUCUUUCAAAGCUUAAAUAAAAAACCUUGAAACACCUCAAAAUCCAAAAUUCGAGCUCCCUUUUGCUUCUUUGGAAAAAAAAAUGUCAAAAUCAAUUAUCUUAAUGAUAACAACUCUUGGGUUGUUUUUGACAAUUUCAGAAUCGAUGAGGUUUGAUCUGCAAUCAGGACACACAAAAUGCGUAUCAGAGGAUAUAAAUAACAGCGCAAUUACUGUUGGAAACUACAAUGUUGUCAAUCCUAAUGAGGGUUAUCCUCUCCCUGAUGCCCACAAGCUUAAUGUCAGGGUGACAUCGCCAUAUGGGAACAAUUAUCACCAUGGGGAUCAGGUGGAUUCAGGUAAUUUUGCAUUUACUGCAGCUGAGGCUGGUGAUUACACUACUUGCUUUACGGCCCCUGAUCACAAACCAGAAACCACUGUAGCUAUUGAAUUUGAGUGGAAAACUGGUGUUGCUGCUAAGGAUUGGUCUAAGAUUGCUAAGAAGGAACAGCUUGAAGUUAUGGAAAUUGAGUUGAAGAAAUUACUGGAUACUGUCACAUCUAUUAAUGAAGAGAUGUUUCAUCUUCGUGUGAGGGAGGAAGAAAUGCAACAACUUAAUCAAUCAACGAACUCCAAAAUGGCUGGCCUUAGUUUCCUUUCACUUGUGGUUUGCUUAUCUGUGGCUGGUUUACAGUUUUGGCAUCUGAAGUCACAUUUUGAGAGGAAGAAGCUGCUGUAGUUUUGCUUUUUAAAGCAUCCGGUUUUCUUGUAUCUCAAACUAUUUAUUCACAGCAGUUAACAAUUAACAUUUUGUAUCCUCAAUCUAAAACUUCAAGGACUCGCAUCACUAACAAAUUUGUUGAUUCCAUGCAGUUCUUAGUGCUGAGAGAUGUUGACAAUAGAAAGUAUAACCUCUAUCUCAUUUUGGGCAUGUUUUUGAAUAUUAAUUAGUUGAAAACCA